CUAAGUUACCGAUACAAAGUGAACUCGCCUUAAAGAUUCACAAAAUAAACGAACUCUCGACUCUCGCCAUUUUACUUCAGACGAUUUGGAGUAUCGUACGGCACAACAACGUAAAAAAAUGUCUGCACCAAGAGCAGUUUUCCAACAGUGUCUGAGGAGUUUCAGAACCACUGCAAUACGUAGAAGUGGUCAUGACGAUCCUGAAGGUUUUCCCGGUUCUAAUCUCCCAUUCAGCAUUCAUUGUCACAGAUAUAAACUUCUUGCGUAUUUCAUUGCCUUCUUUGGAGUUCCAUUUGCCCUUCCCUUCUUUGUUGUUCGUCAUCACUUGGUGAAGUAAAUCAUGUAUUAGAGUACUAAAGCUAGUAAGUUAUUAAACAAUUGUUACCAGAACAAUAUGUAACGUAUCCAUUUGUAAUAAAUGAAUAUUAAAUUACA